CACCUGCUGGUCCCGCCCACUCACUUCCGCCCGCCGCCGGACAGGAAGUGACGUCGCGGUGUCAACAUGCAAAAUGGCGGCCCAUCAUCGGCAGAAUACCGCGGCCCGGAGGAAAGUCCAGGUGUCUUAUGUGAUUCGAGAUGAAGUAGAGAAGUAUAAUCGUAAUGGCGUUAACGCACUUCAACUAGAUCCCUCGUUAAACAGACUGUUUACGGCUGGUCGCGAUUCAAUUAUCCGGAUAUGGAGUAUCAACCAACACAAGCAAGAUCCUUAUAUUGCCUCCAUGGAGCACCAUACAGAUUGGGUGAAUGAUGUGGUAUUAUGCUGUAAUGGAAAGACCUUAAUAUCGGCUUCAUCUGACACUACAGUGAAAGUGUGGAAUGCUCAUAAAGGAUUUUGCAUGUCUACAUUACGAACUCAUAAGGAUUAUGUUAAGGCAUUGGCUUAUGCGAAAGACAAGGAGUUGGUGGCUUCAGCUGGGCUGGACAGACAGAUUUUCCUCUGGGAUGUAAAUACUCUUACAGCACUGACUGCCUCAAACAACACUGUCACCACAUCAUCACUGAGUGGGAACAAAGAUUCCAUUUAUAGCCUUGCAAUGAACCAGAUGGGAACAGUAAUCGUUUCAGGAUCUACUGAAAAAGUUCUGAGAGUAUGGGAUCCCAGAACGUGUGCGAAACUGAUGAAACUUAAAGGUCAUACGGAUAACGUGAAAGCUCUAUUGUUGAACCGAGAUGGCACACAGUGUUUAUCUGGCAGCUCUGAUGGGACCAUCCGGCUGUGGUCCUUGGGGCAGCAGAGGUGUAUAGCAACGUAUAGGGUCCACGAUGAAGGAGUUUGGGCACUGCAAGUCAAUGAAGCCUUUACACAUGUCUACUCAGGAGGGCGAGACCGAAAAAUCUACUGCACAGAUCUCCGGAACCCAGAUAUUCGAGUUCUGAUUUGUGAGGAAAAAGCACCAGUUCUCAAGAUGGAGAUUGAUCGAUCAGCUGAUCCAGCUCCAGCCAUCUGGGUAGCCACCACAAAAUCGUCAGUGAAUAAAUGGUCCACGAAGGGUAUUCAGAAUUUUAGAGCAUCCGGUGAUUAUGACAAUGAUUGCAGCGCACCCUUAAUUCCUCUUUGCACACAGCCAGAGCAAGUCAUUAAAGGGGGUGCCAGUAUCAUCCAGUGUCAUAUACUGAAUGACAAGAGACACAUAGUGACCAAAGAUACAAACAACAUUGUGGCAUUCUGGGAUGUACUGAAGGCUUGCAAGGUGGAAGAGCUUGGGAAAGUAGAAUUUGAUGAAGAAAUUAAGAAACGGUUCAAAAUGGUUUAUGUGCCAAACUGGUUCUCCGUGGACUUGAAAACAGGGAUGUUGACAAUUACUUUAGAUGAGAGUGACUGUUUUGCUGCCUGGGUGUCAGCGAAGGACGCUGGAUUUAGCAGCCCAGAUGGAUCCGACCCAAAACUUAACCUUGGAGGACUGUUGCUGCAGGCUCUGUUGGAAUAUUGGCCAAGAACACACAUCAUUCCAAUGGAUGAAGAAGAAAAUGAAAUGAAUAUGGUUAAUGGAGAACAAGAAAACAGGAUCCAGAAGGGCAAUGGUUAUUUCCAGGUGCCACCCCACACUCCAGUCAUCUUUGGUGAAGCAGGUGGUCGCACUCUCUUCAGGCUUUUGUGCCGUGAUGCAGGAGGUGAAACUGAAUCAAUGCUUCUAAAUGAAACCGUGCCUCAGUGGGUUAUCGACAUCACUGUAGAUAAAAACAUGCCCAAAUUCAACAAAAUUCCAUUCUACCUCCAGCCUCAUUCUUCCUCCGGAGCAAAGACACUUAAAAAAGAUCGUUUGUCAGCUAGUGACAUGCUACAGGUUCGAAAAGUGAUGGAACAUGUUUACGAGAAGAUCAUCAACCUAGACAAUGAAUCACAAACGACCAGCUCCUCAAACAAUGAGAAACCUGGAGAGCAGGACAAAGAAGAAGACAUUGCUGUGCUGGCAGAGGAGAAGAUUGAGUUACUUUGUCAAGAUCAGGUGCUGGAUCCAAACAUGGACCUGCGGACAGUCAAACAUUUCAUCUGGAAGAGUGGAGGAGACCUGACACUUCACUAUCGGCAGAAGUCGACGUGAUAUUUAAUCAGAAAUGGCAGAGUGCUUUGACUCGGAGGCCAAUAGUCUCAUUGCGAACUUUCUUGUCAGCGCCUAAUCUCAUUACCUGUAAAGGGUUAAAAGAGCAGUAACAGUGCCCCAUGCACUACUCUGCAUUAGACCCAGCUCACUGACUGAUUUUAGUCCAGUAUGGAUAACAGCGUCAAAUUAUAUGGAAAGAUCUACUGCUACACAAUAUAGGAAGAUUGCAGAAUGUAAAUUGAAUUUAAUCCCAGUGCACUGUCUUGAUUUGAAUGGGCAGGGUGGAGAUUACUGUAGCUUUUAUAGUAUGGUGAGGAAGAUGCUGCCCAGUGUACAAAGCAUAGAUAAAUGAUCCAGCUAAUGGAUGUAACUGCUUCAUCAGUAGGUGUCCUUUAUUUGUUUCUAACUCAUUGCCUACCCAGCAACAUUUCCUGCAUGGGCACCACACUAGCUAUUGCUGUCACCUUACUAUGUGAUGUUAUCCAUCACCGCAAGUUCUUGUUUCCGUACAUUCCAGAAUGUUCUUGUUAGAUGUUGUUUUAAUGCCACUAAUUUUGAUGGCUUAUUUGCGAAAUGAGUGCACACGUGGAAUUAUAAGACCGUGUGCAACAACCAUAUUCAUUGCUAGUGUUGAACUUAGUGUCACCAGUCGUUAAAUGUGCUCGUUAUUUGUGAACUGUGCCCCAGAUUGACUGUUCCUGCUGCUUGAGCUGUAGUCUGUUAUUUUGUUAAAUUCAGCUAGUGGUGCUACAUUUGUCAAAAGUUAAUCUUUUGAUGUGUCAGAGCAGGGGCCUUUGUAGAGCUGCUUUAUUUGGGAAGAGUACUAAAGAUAGUAGGACAUGAGGGCACAAGUUCAUGGUUAACAGGGCAGGUUUGUGACAGAUGCCAGUAUAUAUUUCUUUGCAUUGGAAUGAUCACAGCUCAGAUUGAAGCCAAGCUAUUGCACUUAGGUUUAUGGUAAGAUUGAUAUUCUUAAAGGAAAAAGGUCCAGUGGGCUGCAAGCCAUCUUGAUCCAAGACCAAUCUUGUGAGACGUGUGUUGUAAAUAAGAUUUUUUUUUUUUUUUUUUUUUUAAUUCAACCGACUAUUAACAGACAAGAUUUUUAGAAGAAUUUUUUAAGAAAAAGCUUUGAGACUUUGUAGUUGAUUGCAAAACUCAUUCCUUUUGGAUGGUCCGGAUCCAGAGUUGAAACAUUAAGGCUGGAAUAAAGUAAUAUUUAACUCAAUGUGGUACUUUCAAUCUAAUACGCUGUAGAUAUACACAAAACAGAGCAGAUAACCUUGUGAUGUUUUGUCACAGAACUUGUGUAUAUUUUAUAUUGUAAAUUAUAUUUGUGUUCCAGGCCUUUCCAAUUUAUGAAAUACAGUUGCAAGUCUUUUAAACUAAUGUUAAAACUAAUGAAAAGUUCAUCAGCUCAUUCUGCAGAGAUAUGUUAUUGCUAUUUUUAAGCAAUGAUCCAUUUUGUGACAGUGUGAUUUUCUUGUCGUCUUCCUCUAUCCACUGAACUAUGCACAUCAACUAAUUAUUAUACUGAGACCUGCGGUUGUACCAGAGUGCCUCAAGAAAAUUUUAUUGUGCUGAAUUUGGAGGAAGUAAAAUCACCAUGAAUUCAGAAAGGUCAGUUCAGACCUAGUUCUGAGGAAGGAUCACUGGACUGGAAAUUUUAACUUUGAUUUCUGUCCACAGAUGCUGCCAGACUGGCCGAGUUUUUCCAGCAAUUCCUAAUUUCCAGCAUCCACUUUUUUUUGACAACUUGAGCUGAUGUGCAAGCAGCUUGAGGCUUUGGCAACUCUCUUACACUGAGGCCUUUUCCAUGGACAACAAUAAUAAACUGCACUAUCUCCAACAGCAGGGGAGAAAUAUUUAAUUCUCAACCAACCUUGCAUUGUGCAAUUUAUUAUGUUACUGUCUGCAGGACCUUUUGGGAAAUAAGUGGGCUCCUGUAUUUUUACAUCCAUCUACAUUUUUAAAGGACUUCCUUAGCUGUAAAAUGGGGCAUCAUCAGGUUGUGAAAUGUGCUAUUAAAAUGCAAACCUGCCUCUCUUACCAGAGGAAUUUUUCUCAA